GUUGAUAUAAAGUAUCAAAAGGCUUCUAUAGUGGCUGACUGACAGGACACAAGAUAGGGGUGCGGUUUGCGAAGCAGCAGGACCCUUUGCCUUAUAUGGUGUCCCAGCCUUUGCCUUGGCAGGUUCACUCAGUGUCACACAGUCGGAGGAGCAGCAAAGUAGAUGAGUUUGAUGGCCUCAGGAGGAACAGCAUAGGAGUGUAUAGAAAGAACUCCAAUGCCACCAAUGGGACCUGCAUCGUUCCGGCUGAUCCUCCGCUCAGUCCCGUUGAAGCCGACAAGGCCGCCGCCACCAUUCAGACCCACUUCAGGAAGUUCCAACAGAAGAAGCAAAAGAACGGCAAAUAGAUGAAGAAAGAGGGGGAUGGUUGAAUCGGUGCUUCAAGCCUCGGAGAUCGCAUGUGGAUCCAAACCAUGAAAGAACUUUGUACUGGAACCUGGUCUCACAGAAAUUCGUGAAAUAGCCACGGAUUCGCUUAACUCAAAAUCCGUGGAAUAGCCACGGAUUCACUCAAAUUUCCGUGAAACUGACACGGAUUUUGCUACAAUGC